AUGGAAGGAAAGAAUCAAACAGCUCUGUUUGAAUUCAUCAUCUUGGGAUUCUCCAACCUAAAUGAUUUGCAAGUUCUACUCUUCACAGUAUUCCUUAUGAUUUAUAUCUGUACUCUGGGAGGAAAUCUCUUCAUUAUCCUGGUGACCAUGGCUAAUCCACAUCUACAUACUCCCAUGUACUAUUUUCUGAGGAAUUUGGCCUUUCUUGACAUCUGCUACACCACCACCAAUGUCCCCCAGAUGAUGGUGCAUCUCCUAUCAGAGAAGAAGAGCAUUUCCUAUGGAGGAUGUGUGGCUCAACUUUUUGCCUUCAUUUUCUUUGUAGGAUCAGAGUGUCUCCUCCUGGCAGCCAUGGCAUAUGACCGUUACAUUGCAAUCUGCAAACCCCUCAGGUACUCAGUGAUUAUGAACAGGACCCUGUAUGUCCGGUUAGCCGCCUCAUGCUGGACUGGGGGUUUCCUCAACUCAGUCAUGCACACAGCACUGACCUUCCGCCUGCCCUUCUGUGGCAACAACCAGAUUCAUUAUUUCUUUUGUGACAUCCCCCCUUUGCUGCUUUUGUCUUGUGGGGACACUUCUGUAAAUGAGUUGGCAUUGCUCUCCAUUGGGGUCUUCAUUGGGUGGGCUCCUUUCCUGGGCAUCAGCCUUUCCUACCUCUCUAUUAUCUCUACCAUCUUGAGGAUCCAGUCCUCAGAGGGGAGGCAAAAGGCCUUUUCGACCUGUGCUUCACACCUGGUCAUUGUCCUUCUCUACUACGGCAGCACCAUCUUCACAUAUGUGCGGCCCAUCUCAUCUUACUCACUGGAGAAAGACAGACUAAUCUCCGUAUUGUACAGUGUUGUUACCCCCAUGUUAAACCCUGUAAUUUACACACUGAGGAAUAAAGACAUCAAAGGGGCUGUGAAGGCCAUGGGGAGAAGGUGGCAAAUGCUGAUUCCCUCUUUUGAUAUGUAA